AUGAAUUUAAGACCACAAGACUACCUUCUUCAGCAAAAAAUGGAUGCGGAUGAGGUGUGGUGCCUUGGCAUUAAAAGGAAUAACUACAAGGAUCAAAGACUUAAUAUUUUAGGAGACAUUGUUCUUAAAGACAAGAUAUUUGUCUAUGAUUUGGGUGGUCAACGAAUUGGAUGGGCAGAGCGUAACUGUUCUUCAAUUGUAUACGUCUCCACCUCAAGUGGCAGCAGCAGUCCGUUGCAGAUAACCAGUUAUGAAGUUGUUCCAGCACUCGUUCUUGCUUUCAUAGUACACUUGACGGUUGUUAGGUGCCCAACAAGGAAAAGGAAGCAAGGCCCAAGAGGGAAAGAAGGAAACCAGUUCGAUUCUUGGAGGAGUCCAAUAGCCCAUCAAUUCUCCAUGUGCAAGAAAGGACCUAGUCUUAAUUCCAAUAGUCAAAUCAGGAGUUUGGAAAUAAACAAAGAAAAUUGUCCCAUUUUAUUGUCUUCUUCUCUAAAGCUUCUUGAGAGAAUAGCCAUCUCUAAUCGGUUACUAUCAAUUGGUGCUUUCAUCUCGUUUUCAUGCCUUCCAAAGUUGAAUCCAGCUCCGCCACCUUUGACAACUCCGCCACCGCCAUCCAUGAUCAAUUACAAAUCCUCAUCUACCUUACAACCUCCACUGCCACCACACUCGACAAGCUUGUCAACAUCUUAG